AUGGAUCCCCAGGCUGUGCAGCCGCUAUUGGCCGCGAGAGUCUUGGACAGGCAAGUGCGCACAGCGAGACCGCAGGCCGGUCAGGCUCCAGCAGCCCCGCACACGUCUAUCGCGGCCUGGGCUUCUCCAGCGGCCACCUUGGUGGCAGCUGGCAAAGUCAUCUCAGCACGCCGUGGAGUGGUCAAGCGACGAGCGACGGACAAGGCGGAUCAAAAGUCGGGACGUCAGAUCUGCAUUGGGCAUGAGGUGACUUUGAAAAAGAGCCUCACUCAGGGAACAUCAAGCUCCAUGGAUGCAUUCAUGCGCGAGAACGCAGCAGAGGUGAGCCUGCAGAAUCUUGAGAAGAUUGUGCCGAAGCCCGGCCAGCCGGAGAUUUUGCAGUGCUUCAUGAAGCCAAAUGACAUCGGCCCCUAUCGCUCGCAGCUCAUGAUGGAGGUCAAGGUGGAGGUUGCUGAGGCGGGUGGAAAGUGCAAUGUGCACAUUCUGGAUAUGCACCCAGGCAAUGUGGACAAGAAGACCGGCGAGGUCACCUUCGAUCCCCAAUACAAGAUGGACAUGGAGUCCGAGAACAUCAUCGAGUGGGUGGAGAACAGUGAAGGAGGUCUGGAUCUGACGAACCACGCCUGGUCCCGGUCGCGGAUGAACCUCCCCUGGUGGUUCCCGCUGCCGGAUUCCUUCGUCGAGAAGGCGUCCAAGCUGAUGACCGGCAGGGUGGUCCGAGAUGGCAUGGCCAAGGUGAAUGAGCAGAUCGAAAGCAAGUUCAGCGCGUGGCUGGUAAACGAGAAGGUAGACGCCUGA